AUGUCCUUCUCCUUCCUCCUCGUCCUAGCCGCCUGCGCGGUGAGCGCUGUCUACGGCCAGUCGCCCAUCGUCUCUGGAGCGCAUUGGACCGACACCAGCGGCAACGCUAUUCAAGCCCACGGUGCUGGGAUCAUGAAGGUUGGGAACACCUUUUAUUGGCUCGGCGAAGACAAAUCGCACAACAGCGCGCUCUUUAAAGCAGUCUCGUGCUACAGUUCCACAGACCUUACCACAUGGACCCGGCGGAACGAUGCCUUGACACCAAUCAACAACACGAUGAUCUCGACCAGCAAUGUCGUGGAGAGGCCGAAAGUCAUCUUCAACUCUAAGAACAGCGAAUAUGUCAUGUGGUUCCAUUCCGAUAGUUCCAACUAUGGAGCUGCGAUGGCGGGCGUCGCGACAGCCAAGUCGCCGUGUGGCCCGUACACUUACAAAGCUAGUUGGAAGCCACUUGGUGCCGACUCCCGGGACGAAGGACUGUUUCAAGAUGAUGAUGGGUCCGCCUACUUCCUAUAUGCGUCCGAUGGCAAUCAGAACUUUAAGAUUGCUCGUCUGGAUGACAAUUACUACAACAUCUCAGCCAUCGCGAGUCAACUCAAUGGGUCUACUUUGGAGGCGCCCGGUAUCGUAAAACGGAACGGGAUGUACUGGCUAUUCGCGUCACACACUUCUGGUUGGGACCCGAACCCCAACAAAGCAUUCCAGGCCACCUCGUUGUCCGGCCCGUGGUCCUCGCAAGCGGAUAUCGCCCCUCAGGGUGUGCGCACCUACUACUCGCAGAAUGCGUAUGAUCUCCCCCUCGGCUCCAACGCUAUCUACAUGGGUGAUCGCUGGGAGUCAAACCUCCUUGGUUCAAGCACGUAUAUUUGGUACCCGCUCGACUUCUCCAGCGGCUCUCCGCAGCUAGUUCACGCCGAUGUCUGGACCGUGAACCUAUCCGCUGGAACAUGGUCUGCGGCCUCUGGCACCUCGUACGAAGCCGAGCGCGGGACCUUGAGCGGAUCAUCCCAGCUCUUAUCGGACAGCUCAUUUUCCGGCGGCACAGCCGUGGGAUGGCUUGGCAACGGCGGAAGUGUCUCCAUCACCGUUCAAGGCAAGGGCGCCGAUCAAUGGGUGGCGCUCUACUUCGCCAACGGCGAUUCCUCGUGGAGAAACACGACUGUCAGCGUCAACGGGGGUGCGGCCGUUGUAGUCGACCAACCUGCAACCGGGGGAGGACACGUGAUCAUCAGUGUCCCGGUGAAGCUUCACCUCAACUCGGGCUCAAACACAAUCACUUUCAGCGCAAACCAGACGAACUACGCUGCGGAUCUUGACAAGAUCAUCGUCUAUUGA